CCCAAUAUUAACGCGCGCCUCUUUUUCUUUUCUCUUUCUUAGUCUCUCUUUCAAUGGCGGUGGUCAUCUGAAAUCUCCAGUCGCGUUCCUUUUGUUCUCUUUCGAAUUUUAGAAGAGUAGUUAGCUUCAAUUAAAAGGGCAGUAUGGCAGCUGCUUUCAGAUCAUUGGCUCGUGCUAUGAGGAGAACAAAGUUCUCACCCAUGUAUGUAUCCAGAAUGAUGUUGCACUCCCAUGCUACAAGUUUUGGUUACCAGGAAGUAAGGGAGGAAGAAAAGAGCCAGUUGGUGGGAAACGUCUUCACUAGUGUCGCUUCAAACUAUGACCUAAUGAAUGAUUUGAUGAGUGCUGGGUUACAUCGAUUAUGGAAGGACAGAUUGGUUUCAAAAUUGAAUCCAUUUCCUGGUAUGAAGCAUCUUGAUGUGGCUGGUGGUACAGGGGAUGUUGCUUUUAGGAUAAUAGACACUAUCAACAAUGAGAAACGCCAAGCCUUGCAAGAUUCCUUUGAAGAUAACUUAUUGGAGGACACUCAGAUUUAUGUUUGUGACAUUAACCCCAAUAUGUUGAAUGUUGGUAAGAAGCGGGCUGAAGAGAGAGGUCUCUCCGAGGUUAGAUCUCUUGUUUGGGUGGAGGGAGAUGCUGAAGCCUUGAAUUUUGAAGACAAUUCAAUGGAUGGUUAUACAAUUGCCUUUGGUAUCAGAAAUGUUACGCACAUUGAAAAAGCUCUUGCAGAAGCUCAUAGGGUGCUUAAACGAGGUGGAAGGUUCCUUUGCCUUGAACUGAGCCAUGUGGAUGUUCCAAUCUUUAAAGAAUUGUACGAUAUGUACUCAUUUUCAGUCAUUCCGGCCGUAGGAGACAUAGUUGCAGGUGAUAGGGAGUCUUAUCAGUACUUGGUGGAAAGUAUUCGUCAUUUCCCACAACAGGAAAAAUUUGCUUCAAUGAUUGAUGAUGCUGGAUUUCAGAAGGUUCAAUAUGAGAAUCUGGUGGGAGGGGUUGUAGCCAUUCACUCUGGGCUCAAGUUCUAGUUCUCCGUUAGAUUGAUGCACUUGUUAAAAUUUUGUAGAUCAAUAUCAUCCACCACAGCAAUGUAGCAAAGAAUAUUAUAUUUGAUUCUCGAUAUGAAAUGUGUCGGUUUCCUUUUUGAGAAAAAAUGUUAGCUGUAUAGUUUAGACCACUGAAAACCAUUUCACCAUUAGAGCACUUGUUUGAAUCUGUGUUGAAGAACUCUUGGCGGCAAAUUUAACAGGCACUUUCUACACUGGAAGCAAAUUCAUAUCUUGGAGGUCCAUUUGUGUUUUUCUUUUGAGAUAUUGAGAAUAGUGUAACAUAGUUUUGCCUAAAGUUCUGACAUUUGAUUUUUGGAGCGUAAUGCAUGUGUACACUAUACCUGAUUCUGAAUUCGGCCUUAUGGUUAGUAGUAAGUACUGAACAAACAAUAUGUUGGAGAAAAUGAACUUUAGACUUGUAACGAGUACAUUAUUACUAAUGUCCAGAUGAAUCAAACAAUUUCG